CGCAGCCUAACUGUCAAAACAAGAGGAAUCAAAACAAAGCAGUCCUCCAGUUUUGCGAACGAAUUGAACUUGCACGAAAAAGGCUUAUUAAAACUCAUCCAAAAUGGGUAAAAAGCAGCACCAGAAGGAUAAAAUGUACCUCACAUAUACCGAGUGGGCCGAGUUUUACGGUGGCCACAAGCCGGAUUCGGUAGAAAAUGAGCAAAUCAAAUUCAAACGACUCCCGUUCGACCACUGCUGUGUAUCGCUAGUACCUUUCGAACACCCGUACAGCGACAAAGACGGUAACGUGUUCGAGCUCUCGUCAAUCGUCGAAUUUCUGAAACGCUUCAAAGUAAACCCCGUCACCGGAGUGCCGCUCGAUGGGCGUUCGCUGAUCAAACUCAACUUUACCAAAAACCACGAGGACCAAUACCACUGCCCAACGCUCUUCAAACCGUUCACGAAGAACUCGCACAUCGUGGCCAACGGAAAGACGGGCAACGUGUUCUCCUACGAAGCGAUCGAGCAACUGAACGUGAAAGCCAAAAACUGGAAGGAUCUGGUUGAUGAUACGCCGUUUACGCGCAAAGAUCUCAUCACCAUCCAAGAUCCGGCCCAGCUGGACAAGUUCAACAUUUCCAACUUUCACCACAUCAAAAAGAACCUGCGGGUGCUGACGGAGGAACAGCAAGCCGAACGAAAAGAUCCGCACGGUCGGCUGAAGAAGAUCUCCUCCGAAACGAAGGAUAUUUUGCAGCAGCUCGAAAAGGAUUAUAAGCCGGCGGAAGAGCAAAAAGAGGAGCGCCAAGUGGCCGACAAGUUCAAUGCGGCCCACUACUCGACCGGUGCCGUGGCCGCUUCCUUCACGUCCACGGCAAUGGUACCGGUGUCGCAGCAUGAAGCAGCCAUCAUCGACGAUGACAUUGUGCGGUAUGAGCGCGUGAAGAAGAAAGGCUACGUACGGCUACUGACCAACUUCGGAGCGCUCAAUCUCGAACUGUACUGUGAGCAGGUACCGAAGACGUGUGAAAACUUCCUCAAACACUGCCAGUCCGGAUACUACAACGGAGUGCUGUUCCAUCGCUCGAUCCGCAACUUUAUGAUACAGGGUGGCGAUCCGACGGGGGUCGGUAAUGGUGGCACAUCUGCCUGGGGAGUCAAGUUUGCGGACGAAAUCAAACCGAAUCUUUCACACGCUGGCCGCGGUGUACUGUCGAUGGCUAACUCCGGUCCCAACACAAACGGUUCCCAAUUCUUCAUUACCUAUCGAUCGUGUAAGCACUUGGAUGGAAAGCACACUAUCUUCGGCAAACUAGUCGGUGGUCUCGAGGUGCUAACGGAGAUGGAACGGGUUGAGGUGGACAACCGGGACAGGCCGAUUGAGAAUAUCUUUAUCCAACGGGCGCAGGUCUUCGUCGAUCCAUUCCAGGAAGUGGACGAACAACUGGCCAAAGAGCGUGCCGAAGAAGUAGAACGAAUACAGCAGGAGGCUAAUGAAAAGCGCAAUAACAAAGCAGGUAAUGGCCAGAAGCGUGGUCAACCGCUGAAGGUAUUUCGUUCCGGAGUGGGGAAGUAUCUUGACACGAAUGUAACAAAGACCGCUUCAGUUGAGGAAAAUGGCCCAGGUUCCAGCACGUCAUCCUCGGAAAGCGGUGCGAAAAAGCGCAAAAAGACGGCCACCGUCGGUGCGGAUGGUUUUGGUAAUUUUAGCUCUUGGUAGAAACAAGAUUUAUCUGUCUAUUUCGUUUCUAACCUGUAAAUAUUACAUAAAAAACAACUAUGAGCGCUCUCUACUUUCGUCAAUGUGACCGUCAUUCACGU